AUUCUUGUCGGACAGUUGCUAUCACCAUGACUGCUAACCUCAAAUUAGUCGUAAUCAGUUAUCAGUCAACCUCGUGUUCAUUGUUCACAUAUCUGUACUCGUGUUCGUGUAACCGUGUUUAAAUAAACUUCAUUUAUAAACAUCAAUAUUCAAAUACCUAGAGGUCCUUAUCUGACUUUUUAGUCUUUUCUGCUGUGGUGUUGAAUGGUAAGUACGUGAAGUGACAUUCAUCAGUAAAUUAUAGCAUAUAUUUUUGAAAAUUGCUGACUGUUAAACGUAAUUGUUUGUCUACUAAUUGCAACGGUAUAUUUCGACCAUUAGGUAUGUACUUUUCAAUCACCUACCUAUUAUCUUUAAACAUUACUAACUAUCCAGCAAUGUUUAGAUAAUUAUGUUACUAAAUAAUUAUGUAUUCCAAAUAAUUUCUAACGCUUAUUGUUUAUUAAUGUUACUGGAGUCCUGUUAGUGUAACAAUAGCAAAAAAUGUAUAGAUUCAAAGAUAUAUCUAUGACAGUUUCAUUUAAUACCAUAGAUACCUGCACAAUAGGGCUGUUAUUUAUUUCAAAUUAGAAGUCGGGACAUUCAAUUUUAAGGGGCAUGUACACAACUCCCAAAAUUUUCUUUUAUAUUUGUUAUUUUAUUUAAAUUAUUGGAAUGUUUUAACAAUCUAAAUAUUAGUAGAUUAUACAAAUUAUUACUGCCUCCUGUAAAAAUUUUUUUUUUCGUCUAUUAUACUAGUAGGUAUACCCACCUAACUAUCAAAUCAAUUCUUUUUCAGAACAUAACAUAUAAUUAAAUUUUAUUACUUGUUUAUGGAUUAUACCUUUUAUGAUAAUCUCAAUUCUUUGUGUAUUAUAUCCAUAUCUAAUAAAACAUUAAUCAUCCCUUUUCUUCUUAUUAAAUUAAAAAAAACAAUUGAAAUAACAGUCAUUUUUUAGUAUCACAACCACGGUUAAUAAUAAUAAUAUACGAUUAGAUUAGGUACUUAUGGCGACUAGAAAUUAUAUAAAUGUAAAAUUAUCUGCUUGAAAAAGUUUAUAAAUAUAACAAAAUACCCAAUGGCUAAAAAUUAUUUCUGAAACAAAUUGUAAAUAUCCAAAAUUUAAGCUUUUGAAGAUACAGAACUUAUUAAACUGGUAUUAUUUACUGUCCUGGCAGGAUAUCUAAAAUACUGGGGAAAAACUGCAAUACAAAAUCAUCUAAAUAAAUGUUCUAACUUUGGAGUUGUGGAAUGUUAACAGUCAACAAACUUGCAUUGCCUCUAAGCUGUGACAACCAAUGUUCAAAGGAAUGCAAUAUUGAUUUGUUUAAUAAAACACACUAUAGUAUUUACAAAAAAAAAAGCAACAUAAAAUUAUUACCAUAACCUUAAAACUAAUAAUAAUAAGCGCCAUUUUUGUUUGCACCAUUAUUUUUAAAACGUUAAAUCCCUAAUUUUGAACAAAAAAUUUAAAAAUCUGGUUGUAUCAAAACUGAAAUAAUUCCGAGGUGGAUUUCAAUAGCUAUAAACUUUCUCUGGAUAACAAACUAUUUUGCAAAACGCAACAUAAAAAUUGUUUCAGUUGUUUUUGAGUCUAUUAAUUGUAUACAAAUACAUCUGUUUUUAUAUAUAUAUAUUUAUAGAAAAGGUAUUUUAUGAGAUGGGUUUUAAUAUAUUUUUUUUAUAAUGUGUUAUAGUUACCGAUAUCCACUUAUAGUAUGGAACCUGACGUUAAGACUGAGAAUGGAACUAUUGAAAUGGAACCUACAGCAGCUGCAGCCGUAACUGAAACUGUGGAACCCACAGUUAAAAUCGAUAAACCAAUAAUUUCUGAGCCACAAAUUGAUGCGAAAAUUGUCAAGCAGCUUGAAUAUUAUUUCAGUGAUGCUAAUUUGCCGUACGACAAAUUUUUACAAAACGAAAUUAAAACUGACGGUGGUUGGGUGAAAAUCAGUGUAUUAUUGACAUUCAAAAGAUUAGCAAAUAUUUCAAAUGACAAAGUGGUUGUUGCUUCUGCGAUUAAAAAUGCUUCUAAUAGUUUAUUAGAAACUGAUGAAACAAAUGAAAAAAUCAGACGUAAACCUGAUCAAGUUGUACCAGUUGCAGAUCAAGAAUUCUUGAAUGAAAUGAUUGAAAGGUCUAUUUAUUGUAAAGGUUUUCCUAAAACCGCCACUAUGGACGAUCUUUUGGAAUUUGCUGCUACCUUUGGCGAUAAAAACAUUACAAAAGUCACUCCUCGAAGACUCAAAACCAAAGAGUUCAAAGGUUCUCUUUAUUUUACAUUUAGUACUAAAGAGCAGGCUGAAAUUUUUUUAAAUCAAAAGUCUGUUAAAUACAAUGGUGUUGAAUUAGAACGAAGGUGGGAAAAAGAUUUUCUCGAAGAGAAAAAAAAAGAAUAUGUAGAGAAAAUAGCAAAAAAAGAUGAAAAAAUAAAAGCUGAAACUGAAAAAUUUUUUAAAAAAGGUUAUUUACUCAAAGCGGAUAAUGUUGAAGAAUCUGUUACUGUCGACAAGAUUAAAGAACUUUGUAGUUCGUAUGAGUGGGAGGUAGCUUUUGUGAAGAUUGUUGAUGAUCAAAAAAUGGCAUGGAUUCGAUUUAAGCCUGUUAAAACUGCUAAGGAACUGUUGGAGGAAAUUGGUGAUAAGGAAAAUGAUCUAAAAAUUGUCUUUUCAAUACCUGAGGAAGAGAUUGAACAAACAGUAUUAAAUGAAAUGACUAAAGAAAUGAAAGGUGUGCUUAUCAUGAAGGAUAAAAUGAAAAGGGAAAAAAAUAAGAACAAAGGUGGUAAAAGAUAUAACAAACGAAAAACUGAUGAUGGAUAUUCUAAUAGCAAACGGUCUAAAACAAAUGACAAGUAACUUAUAUAAUUGUAUUUUAAUAUGAUCUAUAUAUGAAUUUAUUACAUUAUUUAAACAUGCCAAAUAAAGACUAAUCAAUUCAAAAUAUGUUAACUUUUAUUUAAUUUUUAAUCCUUAUAUUGUAUAAAUUUCUGUACCUAUAUCCAACAAUUAAACAAAUUCUAAUAUGAAUGCAUUGCCGGUGGUUUUUCGUAAGUAAUCUCCUUAUUUAUUUUUGCUUGACGUUCUCGUUCUAUUCGAAUAGCAUUGAUUCGAGCCAUCUGUGAAAGAUAUUCUAUUAUAACAUGUAUCAUGCAGUUUUUGUACUUCUAUCUACUAUAAUAUUAUUUUAUA